AUGAGCGCCGACCUCUUGGACCUCUUCUCAAGCCCUCCUCCACCGCCGCCGCAACAGCAGCAACAACAGGGGGGCCAGUUUGGACAGCAGCUACAACCACCGCAACGACCUCAGCAGAUCACAGCAUCGUCGACCGAUCUCUUUGACUUCGCCUCAUUUUCCAGCAACAAGCCCGCCGCCCCGGCCCCGGUCCCGGUCCCGGCUCAGCAGACGCAAACUCAGACUCAGGCUCAGACGGAGCCAUGGCCGGAUUUUCAGGCCCAGCAACCAAGUGGUGCUGGUGGCAGUAGUAACGGGGGAUGGGGCGACUUCAGCGCAUUUUCAGAUGGGUUUUCUUCUUCGACGCCCACGCAGCAGAAAUCGCAGCCGCAGAAGCAGACUCAGCAGAACACAGACGACGAUGAUGACUUCGGCGACUUUGAAAUUGCGGAGCCCACGCCCACGCAGAGGUCCUUUGUUCUACCACCUCAAACGAACAAGGCGCGGGCUUCUCCUCCCCCGAGGGCUCGCAUUGCCCGAGCAUCAACGUUCGACCUUAUGUCGAACAACUUGAUCGAUGUUAUCGACAUGCCCCUGGGUUCCGGCUUGUCACCGAUCCCGAGCCCGGGUCUUCCCACAAGCCCCGGUCUAUCGGCGCAGCAACCUAACCGACAACCAAGCCCGGGUAACUGGAAAUCGGGUCCGCUCAAGCCACCCGUUAGCCCGGGUCUUACGGCACAGAGGGGGCCGUCGCCGAAACCGCAGCCGAGCCCUAGACUCCGUGGUCAGAUGCCUGACGUAUCAAGAAAGACGACUCCUAAGCCAACGCCUAAGGCCGAGUCUAACAUUCUCUUUGACGCGGAGGAAUUUGAGCUCCAGGGCGGCAAUGACGACGACGAUGACGAUGAAUUUGGUGACUUCGAGACAGUACAAACCCCGUUCCCCGGCGACAGCGCCAGUCCGACUCUAGAAUCGAACCACUCAAAGCAGAAGAAGCAGCCACAGCAACAACAGCAAUCUCAGCCAGCAUCCAUGGAUCUGCUAUCCCUUGACGACGAUCCUAUGCCUAUUUCUCAGCCUCAACCGAAGAGGCCUCAGUUGUCAUCUCUGAAUCUCAACGCUCCAACUUCGCCAUACCCUCAGGCACCAAAAAGUCCGUCUUUCCAAGAACGCAACCCCUUCCCAGGCCUAGGACUCACCACGCCAACAAACACAGAUUUCAAAACAGAAGAGAAGAAUGACAAGUCUCCCACGCCCAUCACCGCCUGGCCAAGCUUUGGGCAAACUUCACCUGACAAGCCGUCUACCGCCGUCAAGAAGUCCACUACUACUGCUGCUGCUAAGAAGCCCCAGGUGCCUCAGGUCGCGGAGGAUCCCUGGGGUGACUUCGAGGACUUCGCGGAUGAUGAGCCCUCGGCCAUCGACUCCAGCAAGCCCCCCGAAAGCUGGGACUGGGACGCCGUCGAUAAUGUGAAGCCGGCGCCGAAGCCCGCAGCAGCACCGGCAAAGGCCGCCACUCAGACAAUGGGAAACCUGCUAGGGGACCCGGAACCAACGCCAGAAACCCGCGACGACGCCCCGCCGCCCAUCAACAUCCCCCCUCCCUCCGUCCUCCUCUCCAUCUUCCCACAGCUCCUCGAGACCGCCAACACGGCCCUCUUCAAGCCCCUGACCGGCCAGAUGCCCCCGGUCAAGAAGAAGAUCCUCUCCGACCCGGCCACGGUGACCUUCCUCAAGGGCUACCUCGCCCUCGCCGCCGUCGCCGCCCGCGUCAUCGCCGGCCGCAAGCUGCGCUGGCACCGCGACAAGUUCCUCUCCCAGGGCAUGGCCAUCUCCGCGGCCGGCGCCAAGGGUAUGAAGCUCGCGGGCGUGGAUAAGGCGCAGGCGGCGCGCGAAGACCGCGAGGCGGCGGAUGUGGUCGGUGUCUGGAAGGAGAACGUCGGGAGGCUGCGGUCCGCGGUGGUGACCGCCAACUCGGCCCUAAAGAACGAGCCUCACCUCCGCGUGCCGGAGCUGAGCGAGACGAUCCCCGUGUCGACGGCCAAGGUCGUGCCUACCGCGCCCAAGGCUUGCAUCAUCUGCGGCCUGAAGCGAGACGAGCGCGCUAGCAAGGUCGACAUCGACGUCGAGGACAGCUUUGGCGAGUGGUGGGUUGAGCACUGGGGACAUAGGGCGUGCAAGAACUUCUGGGUCGAGCACGAGAAGCAGCUGCGGCAGAGGUGA